AUGCGCCUGCAAGCACAGAACUUCCCCCACCUUAUCCCAAACAAAAUCCAUACCACCUCCUUGACUCAGGCAAACCACAAAACUAGCAAGGAAUAUCGUAUGCAAGAGCCGUAUCAUCUCAACCACCUCUGCAGCUUCAGCAAACCGAAUAUCCUCUCAAUCCGAAACUAUUAAAUCAAAUAGACGAUAUCAAAGCAACAGACUUGGACCAACCACCGAAACCUAGCUCGCCCCAAAAGACACUCAAAUUACGCAACUACAAAAUAUACAGACAAGACGAGCAACCAUCCAUCAACAGUAAACUAAGACGUGGACUAUUAAUAGCUGUUCACAAGGAUAUUCCUACAGAAGACACACCACAACCAACCACUUCAAACAUAGAAAUACUUAACAUGAAGAUCAAAACUACUCCCAUACUAACAGUCGGAGCAGCAUAUUUCCCUCCCCUCGCCGUUUUCUCAAGUCAAAACCCUUCCUACUUGUAUGCCAAGCACAUCCAAUGGAACAACACCAAAAGAAAUCUAUCUUCAAAAAUUCUAUCUUCAAAAAUCGUUCCGAGCUACACAAUUAUUAAAUUUUCCGCAGUUCUACUUAUAACUACAGCACAUCCUCCAACAUUGACAUUUUCAUGUUGGACCAACAUUGACAUUUCAUUUUCUUUCAACAAAAUUGCCACAAUAUAG